AGAUUGCAUACCCUCGGGUUCGGGUUAGGCUCAACCCACUGCCACCUGAAGCUGAAAACACCAUAAAACAAGAACUGAAAAGCACAGAACAGAAAAUUGAUAAUUCACCAAAAUCUAUAUAACACCAAAUUACUAAAAAUCUUUUAUCAGAUCUGCAUUUGAUCCCCAAUUGGCGCCUUGAAUUGAAGUUGAAGCUGAACAAAGUAGAAUCAAAUCCAAUACACACAAAGGCAAAAGCGGAGAGAUUCAAAUUCGCCCAACAAUGGAGGCUUCACAAGGAGGAGACAAAUCGAACCCCCCGACUUCUUCUCCCAUUCCCGUCGUCUCCAAUUUCUGGAAAGAAUUUGAUUUGGAAAAGGAGAAAAGUGUGUUGGAUGAACAAGGACUUAAGAUAGCUGAAAAUCAGGAAAACAGUUUGAAAAACCGACGGAAGCUUGCAGAGAGUACUAGAGAUUUUAAAAAGGCUUCACCAGAGGAGAAGUUGGGUUUGUUUAAUUCUUUACUUAAGGGCUAUCAAGAAGAAGUUGAUAAUCUUACCAAGAGAGCAAAAUUUGGAGAAAAUGCUUUUCUGAAUAUUUAUCAGAAGCUUUAUGAGGCUCCAGAUCCUUAUCCAGCUCUUGCAUCAAUAGCUGAGCAAGAUCUGAAAUUGUCUGAAUUAGAAUCUGAGAAUCGAAAGAUGAAAAUUGAGCUUGAGGAGUUUAGGACAGAAGCAGCUCACUUAAAGAAUCAGCAGGCAACAAUAAGAAGACUUGAAGAACGUAAUCGUCAACUAGAGCAACAGAUGGAGGAAAAAGUGAAGGAAAUUGUGGAGAUGAAACAGCGUAGUUUGGCUGAAGAGAACCAGAAAACGCUAGAAGUUUUAAAAGAAAGGGAGCAAUAUUUACAAGAUCAAUUACGACAAGCUAAAGAAAGUGUUGCCAACAUGCAGAAAUUGCAUGAACUUGCACAAAGCCAAUUGUUUGAAGUCCGUGCUCAAUCAGAGGAAGAAGGGGCAGCAAAGCAAUCAGAGGUCAAUCUUUUGAUGGAUGAAGUGGAAAGGGCUCAAACACGGCUUCUUAGCCUUGAGAGAGAGAAGGGUUUCCUCCGUUCUCAAUUGGAAUCAGCAAAUGAAGAGGCUGGAAGUAAGAACAGUGACAGUGUGGAUUCAAAUAGUAUUCUUGAGAAUUCUUUGAGUGCCAAAGAGAAGAUCAUAUCUGAACUGAACAUGGAACUCCACAAUAUUGAAACCACCUUGACAAAUGAGCGAGAACAGCACGUUAAUGAAAUAAAAAAGUUGAACAUGAUACUCAAUGAGAAGGAACUUGCUCUUGAGGAGAUGAAGAAAGAGCUUCAUGCGAGGCCAACUGCAAAAUUAGUUGAUGAUUUGCGUAAAAAAGUGAAAAUUUUGCAAGCAGUGGGCUACAAUUCAAUUGAGGCUGAAGAUUGGGAAGUAGCUACUAGUGGGCAAGAGAUGAGCAAAAUGGAGUCUCUUCUUCUGGAUAAGAAUAGGAAAAUGGAACACGAACUCACACAGUUGAAGGUUAAACUGUCUGAGAAAGUGUCUUUGCUGGAAACAGCUGAAAGCAAGAUAGCAGAGCUUACUGCAAAAGUUAAUGAACAACAAAAGUUGAUACAAAAGUUGGAAGAUGAUAUUUUGAAGGGUUAUAGCUCUAAAGAUCGGAAAGGAGGUCUAUUUGAUGAUUGGGAUCUUUCAGAGGCUGGGGGUGCUGAGUUAACUGAGAAUGCAGACCAGAAACAUGUAUUGUCAGAUCAAGACCAGAACUCAAUGCUCAAGGUUAUCUGCAAUCAACGAGAUCGAUUCAGGACACGUUUGCGAGAGACGGAAGAAGAGGUAAGGCAAUUGAAAGAGAAGAUAGGGAUCUUAACGGCAGAGCUGGAGAAGACAAAAGCUGAUAAUGUCAAACUAUAUGGCAAGAUACGUUAUGUCCAGGAUUACAAUCUUGAGAAAGUAGUUUCUAGGGGAUCUAAGAAGCAAGCAGAGGAUCUGGAAAGUGGCUUCAGCUCAGACGUUGAGUCCAAGUACAAGAAGAUAUAUGAAGAUGAUAUAAAUCCAUUUGCUGCGUUUUCGAAGAAGGAAAGAGAUCAAAGAUACAAGGAAUUAGGUUUCAGGGACAGAAUCACACUUAGUAGUGGACGUUUCCUUCUGGGCAACAAGUAUGCUCGAACUUUUGCAUUUUUCUACACCAUUGGGUUGCAUAUCCUCGUGUUCACCUGUCUCUACAGGAUGUCAGCUCUGAGCUAUCUGAGUAAUGGCGAGGAAUCAUUUACUGGAGAUAAAAUGCAGAACCUCCCACAUUCACUCUAGUUUACAUUUGUACUAAUCUUCUCUGGUUUCUGCUUAUAAAAUGAAAGAAGUGUCAAAACUAUGAAUAGAAAGGCCAUACAAUGUACAUAAAACUAAGAGUUGCACUUUCUUUAAUACUAUUUGUGUUGCCAA